ACGUGUGCGCAUCUUGCUAAGAACUUUACCGCCACCUAGCGGUUAAUUUUAAAACAAACUUCGCAGGUUUCAACUUGAUGCAUUAAAAAGUCAAGACAGUUCAACGUUUGGGUGCUUUUGUUCAGACACCGGUUUCUGUAGGAGCUGUUUAAGCUGCCAGUUGACUCUUUAAUUGACUUCUGCCGUUUCCACCGCGGAGACCGACAAGGAUCUUCGACAUGGAUAGCAGCAGAAAGAAGGUGGCCUUCAGCUGGCUCCGAACUGCAGUCACUUCACCAGCAGAUCUUCGGGGUGAAGAUACUGGCUCAGUCACACCGCCUUACCGGAAUAUAACGCAAAAGGAAGAUUCAAAAAUUUUGCCCUGUUGUGAUUCACCAGGAUCUGAGAGGCUUGGAUCACUGAGUCUGGAUACUCCCAAGAGAAAAUCUGAGGUGCUGUGUGAAAAUCUGCCCUCUUUAGGCAAACUUAAGGCAAGGAAGCUUUCCAAGAACAGUGAAACAUUAAAAACUUCGAAGCAUCUACAUUAUCAGUUCAUGCUUAAUUUGGCACAGGACAAACCUAUGAACAGCUCAGCUGCACAGCUGGAAUCCAGAAACAGCCAGCAAGCUUCAACACCUCCAUCCCACUCUUUCAUUUUGAAAAAGAAAGAGAGGACACCUGAGGAGGGAUCAAAGGCUAUCUGCAGAAAGGCGUUGAUGGCAGCCUUUGGAAACACAGAAACAAGGUGCAGCUCUACUAAAAGCCUCAGAAUUGACACAAACAGCCAGUCUCCACCUGUGCAGACUGAACUUCCCAGUCCAGUGAAACUCGACAGAACCAUUGUGGAUAUUAACAGCUCCUGGACCGAGUGUGACGGUAGACCUGAGGACACAAGCACCAGCAAAGGAGAUCAGUGGUCCAUCCUUCAAGUGCUGGAAGACACAGACGUCAAAGAUGAUGUGUCAGAGUCAAAGACAGAUGGAAGGAGCUUUGUGGUUGAACGAGAGGAUUUGUUUAUUGGUCAGGACUCUAUUUCUCUGGAGCCAACUUUCCAAAACAAGUCAUUUUCUCCAGAAGAUGAACCGGAAGCUGAAGACCAUGAUUCCUUCCCCCCUGUGGUGCAGUAUAUUCCAGACGCUUUGUCUUGUUUCUCAACUGACCAGAGCUGUGAUCCUCAUCAAACUUUAGUCAAUACAGAGGGAAAUGCAACUUCCACUUUUACUUUUUUACCCUCUAAUGAAACCACUGGGUACAUCCAGGAAGCUUCUGAAGACACGGAAGUACCUUUUUCACCACCACAAAGGAAAGUUUUUGUCUCAUUCAAGCAGCCCCACACAUCACACACAGACUUAAGUGCAUCUGCAGUUGAGGCUGACAAUAUUUGCUCAUUCAACAUUAGGGGGCGUUUAUCAGAUCCCUUUGCUCUGCCACGGCACUCAAAUAGAGGAGCAUCAAAGCCUUUCUUUGACUCCCCAACCUCACGCAGGCAAUCAGAUGGUGUUUCCUCCAUGCGAUGUCCCGUCUACUCCUUACCUCGUUGGACUCCUAGGAGAUUGUCCCUGGGGGCCGAACCUUUGUGGACCACCUACCCCCACUGGAACAGUGAGGCUGGCUUCAUAGACACUCACUGCCAUCUAGACAUGCUGUAUGGAAAACUUGGCUUCUAUGGCACGUUCAGCAGCUUUCGAAAGCUGUACCAGAGCAGCUUUACCGAAGAGUUUCGAGGCUGUAUUACAGAUUUCUGCAACCCAGGUGUCAUGGUGAAGGAGGCCCUGUGGGAACACUUGCUGGCUGAAGACAUGGUAUGGGGUGCAUUUGGGUGCCACCCUCAUUUUGCCAAAAACUACUCGAGUAUUCAGGAGAACAAUAUACUGAUGGCGAUGAGGCAUCCAAAAGCUGUGGCCUUUGGUGAGAUGGGGUUGGACUACUCCCACAAAAACUCCACUGACACCUCAAGGCAGAAAGAGGUAUUUGAGCGUCAGCUGCGUUUGGCUGUGGCCAUGCAGAAACCUCUGGUGAUCCACUGCCGGGAUGCAGAUGAUGACCUGCUGACAAUCAUGAAGAAAUGUGUUCCCAGGGAGUACAAAAUUCACAGGCACUGUUUUACAAACAGUUAUCCAGUGAUUGAGCCCUUCCUGGCAGAAUUCCCCAACUUGUAUGUGGGCUUCACAGCCCUCAUCACCUACUCCCGGGCCACCGAGGCUCGAAAUGCUGUUUCCCGGAUCCCACUGAAUCGCAUUGUGUUGGAAACAGAUGCACCAUAUUUCCUGCCAAGACAGGUAGGUAAAAAUGUCUGCCAAUUUUCCCAUCCUGGAAUGGGCAUCCAUACUCUGCGGGAGCUGAGCCUACUGAAGGGGGAAGACAUGGCCACUGUCCUCGACACUAUCCGAAACAACACCAAACAGCUGUAUGGUAUAUGACCAUCAGGGAAAAUGCUACAAGCUAAUAAGAAAGAAAAGAUAGAAUCGAGUUGCUCUGUUUUGAAGCACAGGUGUUCCUGUUUUUGUUUUAUAUCUGUCAGUCCUCCACGUACGGAUUUAGAUGUGUGGAGAAUAAAUCUCGUUUUAAACAACCUGAAAGAUGAAAAGGAGAAAAGAGCUGACAGAAAUUGAAAUAUCUCUUGUCUGACAGAGAUACAAAUGUAUAAUUGUUUAUCUGAAUAUAUUUUUAUGCCAUUGUUAUUACAAAUUAAUUUCUAAUCAAUUUCUGUUGUUUUUGCUGUGUUUCUGUAGUUUUACAUUGUUCGCAUGUGUUGAUUUGUCUGGACAUUUGUCUCGUGUG